GACCGGGACCCGCGGGCGCUGAGGUUCCUGUCCCGGACAGGGACCUGCCAGACAGUUACCUGUUUAACGUUGUGUUGGAGACAAACAUCGCGAUGACACGAUGAAAACACGCUAAGGUGGAUCAGAGAUGCAGUCUGGAUCGGAUCCUCCAGGAUCUGGACCGAAGUCCGUCAGGAGAUCUCCUCGUCUUUCUCCUCAGUGCAGCGGCAGCAGCAAAGGAAAGGAGGAGAGGAAAGGAGGAACUAGUCUGCAGGAGGUGAAGAGGAGAGGAAGGAUGGAGAGGAGCGGCGAGGAAGAGGAGGAGCUGAGCAGCAGUCUGCAGACGAUGGAUCUGUCCUGCAGGUCUGCAGCCACGGGAACGGGUCUGGUUUACUCCGAGAUCUUCACUCGUCAUAAGAACCUGUGGGAGUCCAGUCACCCGGAGAGUCCAGAGCGAGUGGCGUCCAUCAUGGAGGAGCUGGAGCGCCAGGAGCUGCUGUCUCACUGCGUCAGGGUGGAGCCCAGAGAAGCUACAGAGGAAGAGCUGCUGCUCGCUCACAUGAAACAUUAUGUGGAUCUGAUGAAGUCGACUCAGACGAUGACGGAGAAUGAACUAAAGACUCUGUCUGAGAAAUACGACUCUGUUUACUUCCAUCCUGAGUCCUUCCAGGUGUGUGUGUCGGCGGUGGGUUCGGUCCUGCAGCUGGUCGAUCGGGUCAUGACCUCUGAACUCAGGAACGGAUUUGCUGUCAUCAGGCCUCCAGGUCAUCACGCUCAGUCGAACGAGUCGAACGGUUUCUGUAUUUUCAACAACGUGGCGAUCGCAGCUCGUUACGCUCGGACCAGACACUCGGCCAGCAGGGUGCUGAUCGUGGACUGGGACGUUCAUCACGGUCAGGGGAUCCAGUACCUGUUCCAGGAGGACCCCAGCGUCCUGUACUUCAGCGUCCACAGGUACGAGAGCGGGUCCUUCUGGCCCCACCUCCCAGAGUCUGACAGUCAUUUUGUCGGCAGCGGACGAGGUGAAGGCCGAACCAUCAACCUGCCCUGGAACAAGACGGGGAUGACAGACGCUGAUUACAUCGCCGCUUUCCAACAACUGCUGCUGCCUGUAGCCCACGAGUUUCAGCCUCAGCUGGUCCUGGUCUCCGCUGGGUUUGAUGCUGCGGUCGGAGAUCAGAAGGGGGAGAUGUGUGUGAGUCCUCAGUGUUUCCACGUCCUGACCCACAUGCUGAUGAGUUUGGCAGAAGGUCGACUCGUCCUCGCCCUCGAGGGAGGUUAUAACCUGCAGGCGACAGCAGAGGGCGUUGCAGCCUGUGUCAGAGCUCUCCUGGGUGGAGCCUGCCCGCCUCUGACUCCGCCCACCGCCCCGUCUGACAGCGCUCUGCAGUCCAUCUCUCAGACGCUGUCGGCUCUGUAUCCACACUGGGCCUCUCUGCAGAUACUGGAAGGCUUCCCAUUGGCCGGCGGAAGUGUAAUCAGAGCGACAACCAACGAGCGGAGCCCUUCCACCUCUGUUGCCACGACAACAGGUCUGGUUUAUGAUGAGAGGAUGAUGGAGCACCUGAACCUGUGGGACAGACAUCACCCCGAGCAGCCUCAGAGGAUCUUUAAAAUCUUCUCCAAACAUCAGCAGCUGGGAUUGGUCGAUCGUUGCCAACGGAUACCAGCUCGCUUAGCCACAGAGGAGGAGCUGUCCAGGUGUCACAGUGUGCAGCACAUUAACCAGAUGAAGGACACAGCAGAGAUGAAGCCCAGAGAUCUGCACAUACUGGCAAACGACUUCAACUCCAUCUUCCUCAACAACCAGAGCUUCCAGUCCGCUCAGCUGGCUGCAGGAGGCUGCUUCAACGCUGUGGAGAGGAUCCUGACAGGACAGGUGAGUAACGGCGUGGCGAUCGUUCGUCCUCCUGGUCAUCACGCUGAGGCAGAUUCUCCCUGUGGUUUCUGUUUAUUCAACACGGCAGCGCUCGCCGCUCGCCACGCCCAGCAAAUUACCCAAGAUGCACCGCUGCGAGUCCUCAUCCUGGACUGGGAUGUUCACCACGGCAACGGGACGCAGCACAUGUUCGAAGACGACGACAGCGUACUGUACAUCUCCCUCCAUCGCUACGACAACGGGAUGUUUUUCCCGUCUUCAGAGGACGCCGCCCCCAACAGGGUGGGCGUGUCAAAGGGGGCUGGGUUUAACGUCAACGUAGCGUGGAGCGGCGGGCGGAUGGGCGACUCCGACUACCUUGCCGCCUUUCACCGUGUUGUCAUGCCGAUCGCCACCGAGUUUAACCCCGGUCUGGUUCUGGUGUCGGCUGGGUUCGAUGCGGCUCGGGGGGAUCCGCUGGGUGGAUAUCAUGUGACCCCGGAGGGAUACGCCCACCUCACACACCUGCUGAUGUCACUGGCCGGAGGGCGGGUCCUGCUCAUACUAGAGGGAGGUUAUAACUUAUCGUCGAUCUCUGACUCCAUGGCGAUGUGCACCAGCGUGUUGCUAGGAGACCCUCCUCCCUCUUUGGUUACGCCCCUCCCCCCUCCUCAUCACAGCGCCGUGGCAACGAUCAACGAGGUCAUCCGACACCACGCCCCCUACUGGCGGUCCCUGAGGAUCCACAUCCCAGAGUCUGUCCGGGCGUCCGUGCCCGCCCUGAAGCAUCGUGGGAAACGUAGUUCUAAAGGAAAAGGCAGGAAAUCGGAGCAGAGCAGCACAGAGAAACCUCCGCUGCCCCCUACAGGACCGGAGGACAAAACGACGGAGCGCGGCCUGGAGCAGCUCACGCAGGGACUGGCCGGUUUGGAUAUCAGUCAAACCUCCGGCGGUCACACUCCCGCUACCUCCACUGCGGUGGGCGGGGCCAGGCCGAAGGUCCGCCUCAGCCCAGAGAAGGUCACCUGUGAAGGUGAAGUGAAGGCGGAGUCAGAGGAAGUGACGCCCGAGCAGAGCCAAUCAGCAGAGAGUACGCUGCCGCAGCCUCAAGCUGUUGCAGCGUCAGAGUCCGUUGCCCCCUCUGGUGGAGCGGGGGCGGAGCCAGAGGCUGAGGGAGCGUGUGGUUGGUCGAAGCCUCUGACGUCUCUGGAGCUGAAGUGUGGAGGACAGACGGACACUCCUCUGUACGUGGUGGACCCGCUGCCCUGGUGUCCUCACCUGGAUGCCGUUAAGCCCCUCCCCCCCUCAGGUAUAGAUGUCUUCCUGCCGUGUCAGGACUGCGGCUCUGACGCUGAGAACUGGACCUGUCUCACCUGCUACCAGGUGUUCUGUGGUCGGUAUGUUAAUGAGCACAUGGUGACUCACGGCGUUGUGUCUGAACACCCGAUGGUGCUGAGCUUCUCUGAUCUGUCCGUGUGGUGUUACCUGUGCGAGUCCUACAUUCACAACCAGACUCUGUUUGAAGCUAAAAACGCUGCUCACUGGGCAAAGUUUGGAGAAGAGAUCCCUCCGUGGAGCUAAGAGGAGGAAGAAGGAGGAGGAGGAGGAGAUAAAGAAGAUGAUGAGGGUGUGUAUCAUCCCUCACUAUGAUUGGACUUUUGAGUGCGUUUCCAUGAAUACCGCAGCCAGCAGCAGUGGUGCUUUGUGGGAAACGUAGUUGAACCCAGUGACGUCUACGGUGUCCCACAGUUUCCAAAAACAAACUCACAAGCAAAAAAAAAAAUACAAAGGAACAAAUGAAGAAUCAUUUUUUAUUUUUUAAACGGCUCAUCAUCUUCAUCCUCUUCAUCAUCAGUCACUUGUCAGCAGGUUGUCGGUUCACCAGCAGACUGAAACUCACCAAGAGGCCAUAACUCAAUAACUGAGGGUUUUAAUUUCUGUGAUGACACAAUAGAAGUCUUUCUGUCGUCUGCUGAUUCGCUCCUCAGUGUUUAAUAAAUCAAUCGUCCUGAAAACGGGUCACUUCCUGUUUCUCAGAGACGUUUUUCUUUCUUUGUAUCCUGAAACGAGAACGAAUCAAACACGUCGUGAAAAAAUUGAGACAUUUUAGAGUUUAAAAGACUUAAAACAAGUAGAAGAGAAUGAAAACGGUAAAAACUCAAGACGAGUUGAUUUUGAGUCAUAACGUUCUGUGAAGAAAAAAAAUGACUCAAAGAAAAAAAGCUUAUUCUGUUUCUUGUUAAAUGUGAAGAUUUAACUAUUUAAUCAUUUUGCGGGGAGCCGCCGAUCAACCAGCCAAUCACCAGCAAGCGGCCACUCAGAGUGGGGGCGUGGCCACAGUGAUGUAACCGCUUGGAGAGAGUCGCCACUAGAUUAUAAUCAAGUUAUGAUUUCAUGUUCAGAUAACAAAAUCUGCACUUUCUCUUUGUACCAGGAGCAGCUCGAGUGUUUCCUCUCCUGCAGAAUUACAACGUUCAUAACCGAGUUUCUGCUUUUACAUUUAAGUGCGUAGCUGCACACUGAAAGCUUUGUUUUUUAUUCUGCCACCUUUAAUUAGAAAAGUUUAAAACUCAGCAGUUUGAUGUUUCUGUGUUGGGGCUUCGUUUGGUUUACAGAUAGUGUUACGGUGGAGAUAAGAGGCGUUAUUUUAUUUUUUUCCUGCAACAGAUUCGACAGCUCUGACUCUGAUUGGUUGGUUAGUGUCAGAGGGGGCGGGACUCGAAGCAAAGCAGCUGUCCGUCAAAUGAGAGAUGUUGAAACUCUGGCAGGUAUUAAAAAAAACGCUGAUUCGAGGAAGUCUGUGUGCAAUAUUCUGUCUGUACGUGUUUUAUUAUAAUUAAAAACGUGGUUUGUAUGUA